AUGGCGUGCAGUGGGAGUACACAGGGGAGAGACGCGCCGACCGUCAAACUGGGGUGCGGACCUGGUCCCCCGCCCUAUCAGUCACAGUUCCUUUGGUCCGCUCAAGUGAGCGACUUCUUCCAAGGGGCGUGGGGGAGAGGGAGGAGCAAGCAGCAAGGGCGUCGGGUCUCCCUAGACCCGAGUACUUCGAAGGUUGUGCGUCUCGCACAAUCGGGGCAUGCGAAGGAGAAUGGGGCUGAUGACGAACAAGAAGUUGAUGUUGAUGAAUUCCCACGGCGCAAGUCCUACAGGGGAUUGGCCCAUCCGGGAGAAGUCUUGGGGAAACAGAAGCAAACGAAACGGGCUCUGCAUGCCCGAGAGGAGGAGGAAGAAGAGGAGGAAGAGAAACCCCGAGACAGCACGACCAAGCAGUACCGUAGCGACAACCACACACACCAUUGCUGCCACAAAGGCGAUAUGAUAUUCUCAGGAGCCAAGUGGCCCGAGAAAUGUAGCAGUCAGCAACCAAGAGAAAUCCAAUGCAUUAUCCCCCUUCUCCCAACUUGCGCCACCCUCCAGCUAAAUGUGACGAACACGGCGAGAAUGGCUCGAGAACCUCGAGAUCUGGAUUUUGGGUAUCUAGUAAAGGCAUGGGUCUCCUACGCGACUGCGCUCAGAUGGCCCGCCCAUUAA